CCCAAGGAGAUUGUUUCUUAUUCUGCACGCAUAGUGCCAGAACAUUCCACAGACGCCGAUCUUUACGCCCUUGUUGAAGCUGAAAAUCGCAUAAAAUUCAAUGUGAUCGCACUGCAAGAAACAAAAAAAAGGUCUUGUCACGAAAUGUUCGGUGGAGUAGGCUUUGUCAUUCACCAGUCCAUUGCACGUCUCGUCGCCUCUUACGAGAUGUAUUCUCCUCGCAUAGCCGUCCUCCGCCUUCAACUGAUGCGUCAUCAAAAGAUCGUAAUGUUCAAUUGCUAUUCACCGAGCGAUGCAAUUGUUGAGUAUGAAUUAGAGUUGCUCUACUAUCAGUUCUCGAAAUUUAUUCGCAACAAUGAAGGGUAUUAUAAAUUUGUUGCUGGGGGCUUUAACGCUAGAAUAGGAAAGGCCAACGACAACGAAUACAAGGUUAGAAAUUUUGGAUUAGAAGAAAGAAAUCGGAAUGGAAACCGUUUUGCAGGACUCCUGUAUGCAGCACUUCUCUUCCAUGGAAACUCAUUUUUCCAGAAGAAAGAAAGCCGCCGUUGGGUAUAG